GCUAUGUCACGUUAUAGCAUGUUAUGUGCAUUAUUGUCAAGCUUGAUAGCAUGUUCAUGUUGUAAAUAUCAGCGUGUCUUCUAGUAACUUAACAUUAGCGUUACUUGGCCAGCCGUUUGGCUUAACUUGCCGUUAGUUGCUAAAGUCAGUUUGUCAGUGGCACUCUAGAAAACAACUGGUUAGCUUCAUUAGCCUACUAACGUUACCAAACAAGUUAGCAACACAACACCAGCUGUAUGCGGUCUAGAAGCAAUACAUAGUAGGGAUGGCAGAGGAGAGGAGCAAAGAGGACAUCGUUGCAGAGUAUCUGGGCCAGAACCCACAGCUGGCCCAAUGGGUCGAAACUUUCAGGACCUACUGUGAGAGCAACAAACAGUGGGAUGCUCGGAGAGAGUUCAUCCUGAGAAACAUGGAGGCUUUCCCCACAGUGGAGCCCGGAGUCCCCAGCAGCAGUCUGGACAGGCUGCUCUCUCUGUCCAUGGUCUGGGCCAAUCACGUUUUCCUCGGCUGCAGCUAUCCACAGGCUGUAAUGGACAAGAUCAAGGAGAUGGGUGAGGGCAUAGUUGUCGUAGAUGCCCCAGUUCACAAAACGACAAAAGAUGGUAUCCUGGCCAGAGGAAAGCGGAGUGCCACAGCUGAGGUUGAUGCUGACGGCUGUGUCAAAAGAGCCAAAUGCGGACCUAAUGAGCUUGACAGUCGACCUGUGGGGAGGCAGAAAUCAGGACCUCUUCCACAGGCUCCAGCAGAGCACCAGCCCUUCUUCAACCGCCUCUACAAGGCGGUGGCCUGGAAGUUAGUGUCGGCAGGGGGCUUCGGUCCAAACUUGGACCAUUUUGAAAUACUUCGUAGCUGUGCAGAGUCCUGUAAAGAGACCCUGACCUGUGUGUUUGUGCCACUGAAGGACAUCGCUGGCCUCCCCGCAGGACGCACACAGAAGGAAGGCCACGUGUGUGAGAUUCGCUGUCAGACAGUUUACAUGGGGACUGGAUAUGGGCGUGAUGAGUCCGCUGCCAAAGCCAUGGCUUCCAAAGAGGCCCUCAAAGUCUUUCAGGGACGAAAAGUGACAGUAAAGAUCUGCAGACGGAGGUACAAAGGGAAAGACGUGGAGGAUUUGAUGCUGUUGGACGAACAGCCUCGGAGUCAGGGCUUUCCUCCCGCGCUCAGCUACCCAUUUCAGGACGAGCAGCUGGAAGAUGGUUCUUCUUAGAGCAGAGAAUUUGUGACGUUUGCCCUGCUGUGAGGCCUGUUGCAAGCAUGGACAUGUGACAUUUACUGAAUGGAGCUACUGAUGGAAUUUAUGACCGUGUCGGGACCAGACUGUAAUGCAGCUGAACCUCAUAACUAGGCUAAUCAUUGAGUGACACAGAGCAAAACUAUCAGGAUGCGUUUUCCACAAUACUUUGGUAUUAUAAUACAGGUGGCACAUUGUUAGGCAAAUAUCUGGAAUAAAUCACCAAAACAACAACAAAAAAAAGAAUCUUAAUACUGUACUGGCUACAUUUUUAAGUUUUAUAGAAAGCGAACAGUUUAACAAAGUGCAUGGAGUUGGAGCAUGUGCCACCAUUUAAAAGUCAAGCAGCCAUAAACUGGCAAAAAGAUCAACUGUCUAAAGGCAAAGCAGUUUUAAGAGUUAGAAACAAAGGAAGGAUAAAAUGCUACCUUAGUAUUGUAGGAUAAUGUAUUGCAUUAUUUUGAUGUGAUUAUUUGUCCCAACAAAAUAGUUUUGCCAUCAUAUUAGGAGUAGCGUGUAUAUAUUUGCCCCUUUGUUCCUUCCUGUUGUGGCAGGUUUUGUUCUGGGGAUUUCACUAGUGUAACUGGGUGCAGUCCAAAACAUAGUUUAAAAACCUGACUUUAUCGCUUUUUGGUUUGUUUAGAUUCCCACUGCUGAGUUACAAGCGAAACAACCACUAACUUGUCUUUUCACAGUUCUGAUUACCCGUCACUUUGCCAGGGUCUAGAGUUUGGCAGCAGGGUGCAAUACAGUAACUGUAACUUUUUCUAAACAUGAUAGACUUGUCUUUAGUGUUCAUAUGAGUAAGGAACACAAAAAUAGCUAAGUAUGAGUUAUAAAUCCAGACUUUAUUUUGAUAUUGCCGUUUUUCAUCCAUAAGUGACUUGUUAGAUGUCAACAUAUCAACAUUUCUUUUUCUAAUUGUACCUAUUAACCCCUGCAUUUUAGGAUUGUUUCUGUAACAGGUUCGGAUUGCGUUCUUAUUUUAAAUGACCCACACUUUUGUUUUCGUUAAAGAGCAGGAUAUGACCUCGCUGAAGUUAUUUGGUGACAUCCAUGUUUGAUUCUAUUUUUCUUUUUUUUUUUCUUUAAAAAUGACAACAUGCUGAGUGUCUGCAAUCAAACAAUGCUACACAUAAGGAAUGUUUUAGUUUUUAUCACAAUAUGUUUAAGGAGAAGUUGAGGUGUACUUUACAGUUUUCAGCGUUCUUAAAUACUUUGCCAACUACAGUACCUGUUAUACUGUACACAGAAGUACUAGAGCUUACUGCUCUUAUUUUAAUUUCUUUAUUUAACUUCACGGAUUUAAAAAAAACACUGAGAACCACACAAUGAUGAAAAUAUAAGAGUGCCACAAUUUAAAAAAAAUCCCUUUGAACACAGUUUGAUAAAGUGCGUAAAGUUGUGAUGUGUUUGAGGGUAAAGUGCUGCCGUGAUGUGUGAUUUCUUUUUCCGGUUUCCGUUGAAGGUGAACAGGGUUGCAUUGAAGUGUGAGUAUCCACACUGCUCCACGUUACUGUAUGCUUACACCAGUGGUCCUAUUUCUAUAUAUUGUUUAAAUAAAGAUAAUUUAACC